AGAUUAGGGUGGGUCCAUCCAUGAGGCCGAAAACAUUUCCUGCAGCCCCGUACGUGGGCAAUACACGUCAGCGGCUCCAGGAGAUCAAGGAAGGACUGAAGCAGCCAGCUAAGCUGGUGAGUCAGGCUCUGCAUGGAAGCAGUUCCAGAGGAGAAGGAGGCAGAGGGGGAGACUGCAAGGGCAAAGACCAGGCCGGUAGGCAGCAACAGCUUCGACCACCUCAGAAGUUUAACAACUACCAGAAUGCCCUGCGAGAGAUACGAAAGUCUCUCAUGCCUUUUGCCAAUGAGUCUGGUCCGCCAUCCAGCUCCAGUCACGCGGGGGGAGACGUCAACCGGCAGAUGCUACAGGAGCUGGUCAAUGCUGGAUGUGAUCAGGAAAUGGCAAUACGUGCAUUAAAACAAACUGGGAGUCGUAACAUUGAGGCGGCACUGGAGUACAUCAGUAAGAUGGGCUACCUAGACCCUAGGAAUGAGCAGAUUGUACGCGUUAUUAAACAGACUUCAUUAGGCCAGGGUGGCAUGCCCAGUUCAAUGGAUCAUAGAACAGCUAUGGAAAACUCCAGUGAUGGUGCUAUGUCUGCCUAUCAUCAGAUGGGACCACCGCUCUAUAAUCCAGAGGGAGAGAUGGCGCAUCCCUACAUGAGCGCACCACCAGUAAUAAGCUACAUGAUGCCGCCCUCUGGCUCAGCACAGGGCCCAGCAAUGGGGAACCCCAUGGUUCGUCCCCCCAGCAUGGGUGCCUACCCACCAAACAUGGCUGCUCAAAAUCCUCAGGGGAACACCAUGUACCCCUCUGGUCCUGCUCAGCAGAAGGGAUAUGCAGGGAGCAUGGAACAGGCUAUGAUGGGCUACAGUGUGCCUGGUCCACCCAUGCAACUCCAGUCCCAGCCACCCAGUCCUCAUUAUGAAUACAGACCUCAUAUUAUGGAGCCCUCCAACUACAGUAUCAAACGGAGCGCCUCUUUCCAAAACAAGAUGCCCCCUUUGGCGCCAGACAACUAUGUCAAUAUGCAGGCUAAAGGGUCAAUAGGUCAAAAUAGUGGAGGCUACCCUGCUAACAUUUACCUGCCACCUCAUUCACACCCACGUCAAGCCAGCCCAACUUCACACCAAGUCCACAUUAUAUCACGUUCUCCUGGGGGAGCAGCAGCGGCAAUGGGUGGGGAAUUCUCAGAUAUUCCUCAAGGUCUGCUAACCCCUUCCAGGGCUAGCCUCAAUCUUGACGUGUAUGACCACCACUGGGCAGGAGCUCAGGGCCCUGAGGCAGCACCACCAGCCAGGCAACCACAGGGGCCAUUCAGGGGAGAGGUACGUGUCCCCAGCAGGACCAAUUCCUUUAACAACCAUCAAAAAGUGAACGUAAGGCAAGCAACACCCCCUGCAGCUAACGUAGCUGGCAUGCAAGAGGCUAGUAUGGGUCCACCCAACACCAUAACUGCAGUGACCUCUCCACCAAUCCAGCAGCCUGUUAAGAGCAUGAGAGUCAUGAGGCCAGAGCCCAAGACUGCAGUUGGACCAUGCCAUCCAGGAUGGUUAGCCGCACAGGCCCAGGACACUCCGGAGACUCAUGGGUACUUGCCUGAUGAAACCUUUACUUUGGAGUCUUCACAGGAGCCCAGAUGUCCACCGCCACCUUACCCUAAACCGUUGCUUAUGUCUGGAGCCACAGCUGGACCAGAAAGUGCUCCCAUGGAGACUGGAGCUGUUCCAGAUCGCAGUGCCUCAGGCAGGCCUGUCCCGAGUUCCACAGCAGGAAAGCAAGAAGUACGUGCCACCAAAGAUAAACCUAAGCCAGGAAAAGGAGAGAAGACUGUAAAAGACAAGAAGCAGAUCCAGACUUCACCAGUACCUGUGCGAAAAAAUGCGCGGGACGAGGAGAAACGGGAGUCACGCAUCAAGAGCUAUUCUCCCUUUGCUUUCAAAUUUUACAUGGAGCAGCAUGUAGAAAACGUCCUGAAGAUCUACCAGCAGAAGCUUACUCGCAGACUGCAGCUAGAACAAGAGAUGUCUAAGGCUGGCCUGUCAGAACAAGAGCAGGAGCAGAUGAGAAAGAUGCUGAACCUGAAGGAGUCCAACUACAACCGUCUGCGUCGUGCCAAGAUGGACAAAUCUAUGUUUGUUAAAAUUAAAACCCUUGGCAUUGGUGCCUUUGGAGAGGUGUGUCUGACCCGUAAGGUGGAUACAGGAGCUCUGUAUGCCAUGAAGACUCUCAGAAAGAAAGACGUUCUGAACCGUAACCAGGUGGCCCAUGUUAAAGCAGAACGAGACAUCCUAGCAGAGGCGGAUAAUGAGUGGGUGGUCCGACUGUACUACUCAUUUCAGGACCGGGACAGCCUUUACUUCGUUAUGGACUACAUUCCUGGGGGAGACAUGAUGAGCCUACUAAUUCGUAUGGGGGUAUUCCCGGAGCCAUUAGCCAGGUUUUACGUGGCGGAGCUGACGCUCGCCAUUGAGAGCGUGCAUAAAAUGGGCUUUAUUCACAGAGACAUCAAACCUGAUAACAUUCUUAUCGACCUGGAUGGACACAUCAAGCUUACAGAUUUUGGCUUGUGCACAGGGUUUCGCUGGACUCACAACUCAAAGUAUUAUCAGAAAGGAAACCAUAUUCGUCAGGACAGCAUGGAGCCGAGUGAACUCUGGGAUGAUGUGUCUAACUGUCGCUGUGGUGACCGUUUAAUAACACUGGAACAGCGGGCGAACCGUCAGCACCAGCGCUGUCUUGCACACUCCCUGGUUGGGACUCCCAACUACAUUGCGCCUGAAGUGCUACUAAGAAAAGGAUACACCCAGCUGUGUGACUGGUGGAGUGUGGGUGUAAUUCUCUUUGAGAUGCUGGUUGGCCAGCCCCCAUUUCUUGCCCCAACCCCUACAGAGACGCAACUUAAGGUGAUAAAUUGGGAGAACACACUGCAGGUGCCUCCACAAGUCAAGCUGAGCCCUGAGGCCAUCGACAUCAUAGGACGCCUCUGCUGUUCGGCAGAGGAGCGACUGGGAGGUAAUGGUGCUGGUGAGAUAAAGGCCCACCCUUUCUUUGCUCAGGUGGACUUCUCUAGCAACCUUCGCACUCAACCUGCUCCAUACAGACCCAAGAUUGCCCACCCAAUGGACACCUCCAACUUUGACCCCGUGGAGGAGGAGGGGGGUCCGGGUGCCUGGAGUGACAGUGGAGACAGCACUCGUGCUUGGGAUACCCUUUGCUCUCCCAACAGCAAACAUCCUGAACACGCUUUUUACGAAUUUACCUUUCGCCGGUUCUUUGAUGACCAUGGCUGUCCGUUCCGUUAUCCUAAGCCUCCUGAGGACAUACUAGGGCCUAUCAGCAGUAGUAAUGCUAGCAGCCUAGGCCCGGAAGAAGAGGAGGAAGAAGUAGAGGAGGAAGAGGAAGAACAGGGAGAGGGGUGUGAGCCUGUAUAUGUGUGAUUCAUAGAAAAUGACUUUACAUGCUGUUAGCUUCACCUGUAUGGGCUCUAUGAAAUAACACACACUACAUCAGACAAUCCAAUUUUUUAAAUUAUUUUUGGAUUUAUAGCCCUUUUUUCUUCCAAUAUAGCAUUUGCCAGUUCCCUGCCUCUGACUUAUUUUUUGCCAUUGCACGGCAGCUACCAAGGAUUGGAUUGUUAGGGCUGAUGUGACACAAGUGAAACCAGGCACUGCCUCAUUUCUCUUUUCGUGCAGCUUAAUAAACAUCAUUAAGCAGAACAGUUCGCUUUGCGAUUGACACAAACUGCCCCUUAAACACCCCUGAGCACACAGCAAUCCAAGACUGGCCAGAGUUGCUUUUUUAAUAGGUGAGACUGGUGUUGCUUUCCCAGCUGGCAACUGAUGGCUUUGGCAUUGUUGGUUAUUGAUUCACAGUCACCCAAUUAAAGGGUGUAUUGCCACUUGGCAACCAGAGUCAAUCCUAUUUUUUAUUUAAAAGGAUAGAAGGGAAGUGUUUGAUGCCAUGUGAAAUGCAUUUUAUUACAUUAGGACUAUGAUGUACACUAUUUUACUUGUUAACGGAUGUACACUUUAAAUUAAAACUGCAAUCUGGGACCAAAAAGACCCUCUGCAUAGUAUAGUGACAUGGAUUAACUCGCAUGAAACUACAAAUAGUAGAGCAGACGAGCAGUUGUUUGAUUUUCAGAGUCUUCUUGGUCACAUUCCUGAACAUCUGUGUGUGUGUGCCGAAAUCGUUCCAGUGUGACACAGGAUGCAUAUGGCUUCUCCCACGUCUCACUGCUGCUAAUCCAGACAUCAGUUCCUGAUCAGUAAAUGUGAUCAUAAUUACUGGACACUGCAGGGCUGAAGCUGAGGUGAUGUUUGUACUCACAUGCCCACAUAUUUUGUUCCUACUGCAAAUACCUGUUUAGAUAAUAAGAUCCAAUCCAAGCCAUGUGAAGAAGCGUGACUGGAAGAUCGGUGGCUCCUUUAAACUGCUGAAGGAUUCCUACAUUGUUUAAAAAGGGUAUCUUUGAAACCUAGUCAGAGAAGAUAAAUGCACCUAUGUGAAGAUAUGAUAUGGCUCAGGUUGUCUUUCCUCUUUGAUUAUGAGGAAGUUUUUGUAAACAUUACAGAAUUUUUUGUUUGUUUGAAAGCAAUUUUGCAUUGUUUUCUGUUGUGAAAACCAGUCACAGUUACAUUGUAUAGUGAAGAUUUGUGUCAUCACAAUGCUUUAGGAAGAACAGCGACUUCAUCACCCAGAAGUACACUAAAAUGUACGUAUAUGUAGAAGUAUCAGGACCUACUUCAUUUCUUUAUAAGCACCUAUGCAUAGCUCAUCUGAUCAUCAAGUAGUGAUUUACUGCUUACUCAACUGUUUAAACAAAUGAAUAUGUUCAGCUCAAUACAGUCUUAAGAAUCAGGGGAUUUAUUUUUUCAUCAUCUGCGUGUAGAUCCACUAGUAAUCACUAUCCUGGCAAAGUUGCGAUUUCUGAAGUUAGCAUGGGCAUACCAAAGGUCUAAACACGUACACUACACAGUGUUAUAAAUAUGAAGUCUCAGACUAAAGAAUAAACAGUAUCUUAUCGCAAUUACUAAAAAUAGUUAGGGUGAAUAAUAAACAUAGUGCCAGAAAAAAGAAAUGUAUCUGAUGAAUAUGUGCAAUAUAGAAUAUAUGUGAUAUAGAUUUCUAAUUACACAAAUAGAUUAUCCAAGUUAAAACUAAGAUUUGCUUUGUAAAAGUAAAAAUAAAAUAUUGGUUUAUGUUUUUUUAAAUAGUUAUCUGAACCAAUGCUGCUCAAUGUUAUGUUACAUUAUCCUCAAACUUUCAUAUAUGCUUUUUAUUUCUCUUUUUUUGUAAAAAGUGUGGUUUUGGUUGUCAAUGUUGUUGAUGCAGGAUGCAGCAAACUGUGUGCCUUCUUACGAAUGUGUGGUUGUGUCCACCACAUGCAGAUCAGUAUUCAAGGAGAAGAUGGAAACAUGCCUUCUCCCUUCACUCAGGCUGGUCCUUAAUGUUUGGGAGAGGAAGUUUAGAUAAGAAUGAGGGGUAAAAUUUGGAUUGGAAAGAAAAGUUGAAAGAUGAUGUGAUGGGGUUAAUUUGAUUUUGUAUACCUGUUUUUAAAUAAUAUGGCAGUGAUUGUAAUGGAUUGUAUUCUUUUUUGGAGCCCAUUUGAUAGCUACAAUUUUGUGAUACAAGAACUGUACAAGACAUGCAACAUACUAAUAUUAUUUUUUAUACUAUUUGACAAUCACUUUCCAAACACUUAAAAAAAUUAUUAACAUCCGUUUUUACACAUGACUGAAAAAAAACAUAAAGCUACAAUCCAUACUGGUCUCUUGUAUGUAGUAAGUCAACUGAAACUAUUAUUUACUGUUUGCAACAUUACAUACCUUUUUUCAUCCCAAAGAGACAAAAUUAAGGAACUGAAAUGUGGCAGAUGUUUUGCUUGCCAAUAUUCAUUAAAUCAGAUCACUCAGUAAAGAACAAGUUUCAGGAGACCGUUCUUGAAGAAUUAGGUUAUAUGUGAGUGUGUUUUGUUUUGAAUGGAUUUUUUUUUGUAUUUCACAUUUGAAAGUGCUGACUGACAAUCAUUGAGAGUAAUGUAAACUGAUGAUUUAACUUGUGUGCCUUUGUUUUGUAUUUUAGUGCUUGAGUGGGGUGAGUUUGUGACAUGUUUUAUUCCUUAAUGUAUUAUAUAAUACAUAUAUAGCUACUAUUGAAUAUAUAUUUAUACAGAUAUACAUAUUUUUUGUAUCUUUGUUAUUUUUCAAAGCUAACCUUUGAACCUCUAUGUCUUCAGUAUUAUAGACAG